CGCACCCACGGAGUAGUCAUGCUCCCUUGCUCGACUAUGUCAUCGUACGUCAGCAUGAUAUGCGUGAAGUGCGCAUGACACGUGUACUGCGUGGAGCUGAGUGUGGCACUGAUCACAAAUUGGUACGAACCAAACUGUACGUAUAUUUUCGUAGAUCUAUGUAUUGCACUGCCGCCGUGAAUCGGCGUAAAUUUAACAUUCUCUCCCCCGGUACUGCGGCGAAGCUUAAUGAGUUGGAAAAGGCGAGGUCUGCACGCCUGAGUGAUGUGGACUACAUGGCCACAGUGGGCGAUCUGUGGCACCACAUUCGGGACCGGGUGACAGCUGCUGCCGUGAAGACCAUCGAGCGCACAAACUCUAAGCGGCUUGAUUUGUUUGAUGACAACAAUGCGACGAUUGGCGCAUUGGUGUCCUGGAAGAAUGCAGCAUUUGAUGCACAUGUGGCGGAUCCCAGUGACAUGGGAAGAGUAGUCAGUUUCGCAAACUUCGAGGGCUACUGACGCGAGAGCUCCGUCGCAUUAAAAAUGCACGGUGGACGGAGAAGGCGAGGCAGAUAGAAUGCUAGGCCGAAUGCCGCCAACAAAAUCAAUUCAUUGACUCCUUGAAAGCGGUCUCUGGACCGAGGUUGAAGCGGCUGAGGACGCUGAUCGAUGGUAGUUCAGGCGUUACCUGCACAAAGACUGCAGACAUAAUGUGGAUUUGGCGGAAACACUUCGACUGUCUCUUGAACAACCGUUCAGAGAUCGGCUGACCUAAAUUGAACGGCCGCAAGCAGCACGAUGUGAAAACGAGUUUGGAGGACACGUCGACAGUUGAUGAGAAACAGAGAGCAUUUGCUCAGCUGCGAAACGG